UGGGGAGAACCCCUACCUGCUGCUUAUUUUAAAACAUGAAUUCGUUAAUUUGAAUGAAAAGUCGCUGAUGUGUUUCUGUAAAUUCUCCUUUAGAGACCCGAGUGACUGACGGCUGCUUUAAAGCCUCAUGGCGCAGCCAGGAAACUUCAGCAUCCCUGCUGGUGCUAAUUUAUCAUCUCACGAAGAAGAAGAAGAAGAAGAAGAAGAAGAAGUGGGACCACCAGGCGGACCGUCUCCUCUGUGUGUCCACGGACAAACCAACACCUCCACAGCCGGAGGUCUGACCCCGCAGGGUCCGGACAGGCUGGCCGGGGAGCGGGCUCUGGUGUCCGGCUUCAAACAGCUGAAGCUGGAGAAAGACGCUCAGAAAAACUGGGACUUGUUUUAUAAAAGAAACACCACGAACUUCUUCAAGGACAGACACUGGACCACCAGGGAGUUUGAAGAGCUCAGGGCCUGCAGAGAGUUUGAGUCGCAGAAGCUCGUGCUGCUGGAAGCUGGAUGUGGAGUCGGAAACUGCCUCUUCCCUCUGCUGGAGGACGACCUCAACAUCUUUGUUUAUGCCUGUGACUUCUCACCACGAGCCGUUGAAUUUGUCAAAAAAAACCCGGUGUACCGCCCCGAGCGCUGCAGGGCCUUCCAGUGCGAUCUGACCAAAGAUGAUCUGAGGGAGAACGUGCCGGAGGGCGCCGUGGAUGUGGUCACUCUCCUCUUCGUGCUGUCGGCCGUCCAUCCUGACAAGAUGAAGCUGGCUCUGCAGAACAUCAGCAGGGUGCUGAAGCCCGGAGGCGUCGUCCUGUUCAGGGACUACGGCCUGAACGACCACGCCAUGCUCCGGUUUAAAGCCGGCAGCAAGCUGGGGGAGAACUUCUACGUCCGCCAGGAUGGCACCCGGUCCUUCUUCUUCUCUAAAGAGUUUCUGGCGGCGCUCUUCGAGGAGACGGGUUUCGGGUGUGUCGCUAACGACUACGUCCUGAGAGAGACGGUCAACAAGAAGGAGGGGCUGUGCGUCCCCCGAGUCUUCCUGCAGAGCAAGUUCACCAAAGCCAGCCAAUCACAGAGCGGCUGAUGUCUCCUUACCUUAUCCAUGUCCAGACAUUAAAACUGAAACGUCUGAUUGACACAAAACGCUGAAACUUCAGCGGAGGAGGCUCAACACACCGCGGCGUUUGAAUCACGAGGAGAAGCAGCUUCAUAGAUAAGGUGAAUGAAGGG